ACUCUCAUGUAUGCAUCUGAGCAGCCUGGACGACAGCGUGGGUGAGACCUCCGGCGGCGACUCUUACGGUGGGUAUGAGGGCGUGGAGCACCUGAAGCGUCACUCCCUCGGCCACACGAGGGCCGUCAGCUGUGAGAGUCUCACCUGUGGGUGUCGGGCCGUAACUGCCUCUCCAGGUGCUGGAGGCAGACCCAGCUUUGGUAACUAUGGUGGUGGGAAUAUGAGGCGCCGGGGAGUAGCAGCUCUUGGGGUUAGCGCCAGACUAAAUUCUCUUAAUUCUGCUUUGUAUGGUGGUGGUGGUGGUGGUGGUGGUGGUAGUAGUAUUGUUGGUGGUAGUGUUGGUAGAGGUGGUGGUAGUGUUGGUAGAGGUGGUGGUAGUGUUGGUGGUGGUAAGACCAGCGUGACAGACGAUAGUUUUAUCUUCGUGGAGAAGUCUCAGCUGAAGUACCAGGCCGUGUCGUGUGAGGUGUUGAGGGACAACAAGGAGGGGCAGCCUGGGCCAGGUGACUUGUUAUCCAGGCUGAGGAAGAUCGCGUCGCCGCUGCCUGGUGAACGCAAGACAUGGCACGAGGACGAGGCUUUUGUGAAGCAAGUGGUGGAGGAGUACUUCAAGGAGCCCGCACCGCUCUCUGACCUGGAGGAGAAGGUCUCGGAGAAGAUUAACCCCCUGCCCGCGUCCACCAAGAAGUCCAGGACCGCUGACAACCUCUUCAUCGGUCGUAAAGCUGUCGACCUUCAUGAUUCAUCGUCUUCGUCAUCUUCGACUUCGGGUUCUUUAUCAUCGUCAUCGUCCUCUGAAGAUGAAGUUGAUGACAACGACAACGUGGAGAAAGUAGCGGACUGUGGGAGCCCCAGUAUCGACGACACGACGUACUGUGACACAGACGAGAGCAACUCCUGGUUCACGGACGACUCCCAGGGGUACGAGGCUGACGUGGAGCCCAGCGACAGAGACACCCUGGGCCAGGCGUGGCGCCGCUGGCGGAGCGCGCCAGACGUACGACUCACCAGUGACGUCAAGGCCAGGCUGCAGGGGCAACAACUGGGACAAGCUGCUGCAGCGGCGGCGCCUCUGGGUAAAGAUGGUGCUGUCAACAGUGGCAGAGGCGGCUUCAAUGGCACCAAGAACGGCGGUGGGCGGGUCUGGUGGUGGCAGGGCGAGGGUGGUGGCGUGAUAGGGCGGGGAGGAGGGGAGGCGGCCGCCCACGCCACCCCAUAUAAACACUCGCCGGUGUGUGGCUACCAGACCCGCAAGUCGUGUAGUGUUGACGAGACCAAGCUCUCUCGCCUCAGGCUCGGUCUCCGGAAGGUUAAACAACACAAGCUGCUACAGUUCCCUCAGCAGGACCUAGAGAGGAAGAGGCGCCCCUCCCGAGUUAAUGGCCACACUAACAAAAAUAAUGAGAGAGCGCGAGUGGGUGGUGGUGGGGAGGCGCCUCACCCAGCCAGCAGCACUCCUGACAAAGAGGAGGUAGGCGACCAUGUGUUCACUGGUCGUGUGGACAAGUUAGAGUUUGUUAAUGGUAAAUUUAAAGCUGCUAUAGAGAAGACUGGGUGCAAGGAAGUGGUGUGCGAGUGUGUCCGUAAAACUGUCGGGAAAGUGGGCGUAGAAUCAGAGGGUGAAGGCGGUGGUGGUGGGCGUGGUGUUGGUAGAGGGAGCAGUGUAGAUGGGGGCGGCAGUGUGGACGACAGCACGACGGAGAGGACCCACAGAGUUCUUAGUCAGGGCCUCGUCGUUCACCACUCUGCCACACACGAGUCCCAAUCCAUCCUCAACGCUAGUAUCAUCAAGAACGCCCUCAGCAUCCUGAGGGAAGGGAUAGCAACUGAGGAACUAGAGGCAACAAAACCUGUGUCUUGUGAACCUUCGGCUACGUCAGGAGUGAGGGGCUUGCCAAGUGAGGCAGGGGAGAACAAGGGGCCUCACAGCGAAUAUAAAUCGGGACAGGAAAAGGAAGACGCUGUUCAAGUGGGCGAAGGGGAGAGGACGAGUGUAAACACGGGAGAUAGCACACGCGGCCAGACUAACACACCUGCGGCUACACCUGAUGACCGGGAAGGACCAACUGUGACGGCAGGAGCUGCAGAAGGUUACACCAAACAUCCGGAUGUUGACAGAGUGCAGGAGGAAAACAGCGAGAUGAAUCGAAGUAACCUCAGCAUUCAUCUUGCAUCACAUCUGACCCAGAAGCCCAGCCCGGACAAGGACCUGAAGCCAACCAUAGGACCCACCACAGAACACCAGCCUUCCUUUGCCCUGCCCUCACAGCACCCACGUGUGAAGGAACAGCCUUGCAUGGGGUCUUGGGGAAAACCCCCCAGUAAGUGUAACGACAGUCGCACCUACCAGAACAUAGAACGAAGUGGUGGGUUUAACCUUAGAGGCGGUGGUCAACAGGCCAGUGACGGUUUAGUGAGUCAAGGCAACCAGAGGAUGAAGACGCUGCUUGAAGCGGGUCCCUCGAGGCGCUCCUCCAGUGUGGACUCUGUGAGGAGGAAUGAGCGAACGUCAUCAGAGUGGAGGGCGAGUACCGACACUUUGUCCUCGUCCAGCGGCACAAGCAGUUGUUGUCACCCCAGAUCUAAACCCAAGUACAAGUCGUCUAGGAAAUCAGUCCCGCUGCCCACGGGCCACGGUACCGGGCGGCAGGACUCGAGCACUAGCAGCUCUACCUCGGUCAAGGUGUUUGGUAAUGAGUUUCACCUGCAUCGUGUUCAGGUGGGCACCGGCAACGACCGUAAAUUUGCUCAGGCGACACAGCGGACAGUCCUCGAAGUGCCGGUGAGUGGUGGGGAGCAGAGCGACAGCCAGACACUGUGUCCGCCCCGCGGGGACAACAAACAGUGUGGUGGUGGGGCGACGGUGCAAAAGAGUGAGCUAGUGCUUGGGCCGCCCCAGUACUGUGGCAGCCAGGGCGGGAGACAGAAGCAACCUCCUUCCUUCCUCAACUCCUUCCCCACCACCAACACUUGUAUAUCAGAGUACAACAUCGGCGAUGCUCACCCCGCAGCCCCACACUUCCCUAGACUCCUGGCUCGCGAAUUUAAAGUUUCUAACAUCGAUAUAGAAAACGCGAAGCUUGUGGGUGAUGAACCAACCAAGAAGUCCAACAAGAGCAGCUCAAAAAGCAAGUCCAAGUCCAAACCCAGGAAAUAUUUCUCUGGUAUCCUGAAUGCCAUUGGUUCAGCAGCGCCUCGGUUCAGGGGUCUGGGCACAACAGGUGACUGUAAGGAGGAGAGAGUGAAGAAGGAGCAUGAUGCUGGGCGGCUGUUGAAGGAGGUGAGCACUACAGUCUUGCAUCCCGAUCGUCCCCAGGUGUGCCGCGCCCCGACACCCACUGGGGGCGAGUGUAGGGACUCUGGUUCACAGGAUUCUCGGAUAGACCGAGCUACAGCGUCGUCAGGUGGCGAGGGUAGUGGCAGGCCUGACGUGGCAGCCUCGGUUAUAAGUGAGGUAAUACAGGUGCGAGGCUCCACUAAACAUAGCGGCGGGAGUGGCUCACAAUACGCCACUCUCAAUGACGGUGUUCCUCUUCCAAGCCCACACCCACGACGCGCCCGCAAGAAUAGCCAUGAUUCAUCAGAUAGCGUCGUUGCGCCCACACCACCCACUCGUCGAAAAAACACCGAAGAAUCCCCAAGUAAAACAAUUAUAAGUGGCGGGAGUAACGAGAGGGGCGGCCAUCGUGUUGAGAGUCCGCGAGCUAGUCCACGAGUGAGGCGUGGCCGGGAGCCAAACUCACAGUCAGUAGAAAGGAACUUCCGGUGCAACCUACCCACCACCGCCGACCACCCCGCCGAACACCCACCCCCACAGGUCUCCUAUGAAAAUUUGACCUUCCACGAAAAACAUUCGUUUGGAAAGCAGGGAAUUACCACCAGCCUGGACAAGAUCUGUGACAAUAAACAGGACGCGGGUGGAGUAGGGACCUCCCCUUUAUUUACGAGAUCAAGCAGUCUCAGCCACGGGUCAGAGAGCUACUGGAGUCGACACACAAGGUCAAGGUCAGCUGGAGCACCUGACAGUGGGUCAGGCGGAGGCGGCACGAGGACCCAGAAACAGGACAGUGGGUCGGGAAGGAAUAGCGGCACGCCGUACGGGGACUCAACGAGGAGACAUGACCGUAAUACUGAGUCGGGGAGAGGCAGUGGUGGGAGCGGCGGCCGAGAGGUGGUAGAGGGACAUAGUAGUGGCUCAGGGAGAGACAACAGUGGCUUGAAAGGAGAUAAAGAAAACGUACCGACACAUACCAGAGACCCGACACGGGGCGGCGGGGAGAUGAAUGGAAGUCGUGGUGGGAAUUACAGUGAUGAAAGGUGUCGAGCGGAGGGCGGAGGCGGCACCAAGAGAAACAAUUCCGUGGGUUCUUCUGGCCCUGACUCAGGUGGCAGCAGCACACCUGGUCGCCGGCGACGUGCCCGACCACCCUCUCUACCCACGACGCCGCCACAGUCAUCUCGGGCACGCAGGACGUCCCAGUCGCCUGCCACGUCAGGAGGGUCGUUGCCCUCGUCCCCGACUCGCUGGAGAAGACCCCAGGCGGAGGACACUUGGGAGGACAGCUCGGGUGACGGCUCACACGAGGGCCGCCUCUCAAACUCACCGUCAGCAGAAUCUGUCGCAUCCGAGUCGACGUCUUUCUACUACAGCGCCGCCGGGUCCGUCUACGACCGCCCCAAGUCGCUUUACGACGACGUGACAGCUCGCUAUUCGUUCGUCACUUGUCCUCAGUACGAGCCCCUUUCACCCCUUCAGGAAACUGGUGACACUGACUCCCGGCCACCAUCUGCCACACCGGCGAAGGUGAAGGACAGCGUCACCAACAUCUCCAGAACCAUCAGUGGAGACCUAAACUGUGAUGUGGACGUCAGUCUGUCCGAGGGGGAGAUAAAGAUACGUGUUCGGACAGAAGAUGAAGACGUGAUAUCCUCCACGUCUAUACAUGACGGUGAUGAUACAGACAGUGAUUGUGACGAGUAUGACUUGUGUAGUGAUGUUAAAACUUUAGAUGAGUCGAGAAAAUCUGACUCUCCUGAAAAUUGUCCCUCGACUUGUGAUUCAGAAACUUUAUCGUCUACUGUGUGUGAGGCGGAGGAGGAGGAAGAUGAGGCUGGUGUGGCGCACGCUGAGCCCUGCGUGGCGGGCACAGACUCCAGUAUCUCCAGCUCUAGCGUGCCGACUUUCCGCGGUCGUUACCUGGAUUCCCUCAGUUCUCAAGACUCAAGAAAGAGGGAGAGUGGCCUGGUGCACGCCACCCCCUGCUGGGCCACCACAGACUCCGACUUGAGGUCCAGUGCCUCCAGCGCCGACUACUACGGUAAGGUCUACCUCAGUGCUACUCCCGAGGAACGAGUGUAUGAACCUGAAUAUGAGAACCUGAAGGAAGAUGAUCCUCCAUUACCUGUCCCCGAGGUUGAGGAAAAUGGAGACACCGUGAGUGACGAGGGAGAGUCCAGCGAACCUACGAUAGAGAAGCGCCGUCUGUCUGGCGUCUGGACCCUCGGCGGUGAGGCUGACGAUGACAACGGUGAAUGGGAGGAGGAAACUGUCUCCACAGAUCUGCCCAAGUGUUUCAUUGAUGUCAACCUCGAUGAGGCAGCUGAGGAGAGCGAGGCACCACAGUCCUCGCCGCUGGUGUACCACGACCCGGCAGAGUGUUCCACCAUGGAGGAGGAAUUCAUUCCGGAAGAGGUUCACCCAUUGUCUCCAACCCCACACUUUCAUGACCAGAGGGAGACCUAUCCUGAGGCGGCUCCGUCGGGUGGCUCCAGCGACGCUCAACAACAACAACAACAACAACAAGGUGUCCCGGGGUGGGAUCAACACACUACCGCCUGGGAGUGGCACAAGACCAUGUGGGAGCACCACCAGCACCUACACCAGCAGCACAUCCACCACCUGCACCAGCACCAGCAGCAGCACCAGUCCCUCCUGGCAGACGUCAUGUCGUGUUUGGGUGGACGCUGGGGCAUGGGAGGGUCGUGGUGCCACCAGCCCUAUCCUGAGUCUCCUGUGGGCUGCCCGAAAGACACGAGCAGCUUCGCCCACCUCCAGGACACACCCACCACUGACUGCCGGUGGUCAGGACAGUUUCAGGAUGACCCUCCCUAUAGGCCUGCUAGUGCCGCGUCAUCCUGCGACAUGGGUAAGCCGCCUCCGUCGCCGCUGCCACCCUCGGGCUCCCACAGGAGUCGCGACACGUCCUCGGUGCCUCGGGAAGGCUCGAGGCCUCAGAGUAGACAGAGGUCAAGAUCUCGGCGUCGGGCCCACUCGGCCAACUCGAAAUACGGAGUGGAGAUAGAGAUUCCGCCCCAUCUACUGACUCGACCUAGACCGUCAUCGUUCAGUAGCCUGGCCGCCAGGAGACCCACCAGCCACUCCCCUGAACCCCUGGAGGACGACUUAGGACAGGAGGCGCUGCUCUACCUUACCGACGCCGCUUACGACCACAGCAUUGACGCCUCCCGUCGCCGGUUGGCGGAGCGAAAGAAAAAUGAAGGCAACGAACUGUACAAGAACAAGGACUACCGGGAGGCCCUCAAACUCUACACCCAGGCCAUCGACUUAUGUCCGGACUGUGCGGCGUACUUCAGCAAUCGGUCAGCAUGUCACAUGAUGCUGGGCAAGUACUACGAGGCCCUCAACGAUGCCAGGGAGGCCGUGCGGUUAGACACAUCCUUUGUAAAGGGCUACCUUCGUGUUGCAAAGUGUAAUAUAGCUCUUGGAGAUGCCACAGCAGCACUCUCAGUGCUGAGACAGGCUAGUGAUUUAGAGCCCAACAACCGGGCCAUCAGGGAGGAGAUGACCAAAGCCCAGAGCCUUGUUCGCUGCCAAGAUGAAGUUGCUAAGGCUACAGCUAAGGCUGACUACAGGACAGCCAUAUUCCACCUGGAUCGAGCGUUAGAUUUAGCAGUUGGAUGCCGGAACCUCAAAGUCACCAAGGCUGAGUACUUGGUGUUCUUGCAGCGCUAUGCUGAUGCUCAGGAGAUGGUCAACGAGAUUCUACAGUACGAGUGCGGAAAUGCUGAUGCGAUAUAUGUAAGAGGAAUGUGUCUCUACUACCAAGACAACCCUGAGGCUGCCUUCAACCAUUUCCAGCAUGUACUACGCUUAGCACCUGACCACCAGAAGGCUCGUGAUGUUUACAAGAAAGCAAAGCUACUAAAGCAGAAGAAGGAAGAAGGUAAUGAUGCCUUCAAAAAGGGGAACUUCCAGGAGGCAUUUAAUCUGUAUACAGAAGCCCUGGCCAUCGACCCUCUCAAUAAACAUACUAAUGCCAAACUCUACUUCAAUCGUGCCACAGUGGGGUCAAAGUUAAAUAAACUUGAACAAGCCACAGAAGACUGCACAGCAGCCAUAAACCUUGAUGAUGGUUAUGUGAAAGCAUACCUUCGACGAGCUAGGUGUUACCAGUUGUUAGAAAAGCAUGAAGAAGCUGUCAGAGAUUAUGAGAAAGUUACCCGUAUAGACCGGAAUCAAGAAUAUAAACGAUUACUACACGAUGCCAAAAUUCAGUUGAAGCGGUCGAAGAGAAAGGACUACUACAAGAUCCUUGGAGUAAACAAGAACGCUUCUGAUGAUGAGAUCAAGAAGUCCUACCGCAAGAUGGCAUUAGUGCAUCAUCCAGAUCGUCAUGCUAAUGCUAGUGACAAGGACAAGCAUGAACAUGAAAUCAAGUUCAAGGAGAUAGGAGAAGCCUACUCAGUGUUGACUGAUACCAAGAAGAGGGCCAUGUACGACAGAGGACAAGACGUCAACGAUCCUGAAGGUGGCUUUGGACAUGAUGAUAUUGACCCCAAUCAAAUAUUCCAAGCCUUCUUUGGUGGAGGCCACGGGGGAUACAGCUUUGGUCACAAUGCGGGCUUCCAGCAAGCUGGUUUCCCAGGGAGUGGUUUCGGAGGUGGCAGCUUCCCCAGCGGAUUCCACUUUCAAUUUGGCUAAAAAGGACGAGGAGUCUCUGAACUGUGUGGGGGUAGUCUUGAUGUGGGAAAUAUUACGGUGUGGUGUUUCAUGAUAGGAAAACGUGUGCGGUCUCCUAAAUUUAAGUAUUUAAAAAUUUUAAAAAAUAUAUAUAUAAAAAAUAUGCUUAUUUGCCCCAACAUAUUUCCCAUGACUAAUUCCAGGAUAUAUUUAAAUCCUCUUUGACAAAGGUAAAAAUAAAUGUAUAUAUAUAUAUGUAAUGUUUGAAGCUACAGCUGUAAUAUGUAAAUUAUCCUGUCUUCAUUAUUCAGGAAGAUACAGUAUGUUGACCAAGCUAUGCUAAAACCUUGUAAAGCGAAUAUUGUCCUUGCUUUGAAAACAGUAUCAAUGAGAUGUAUAUACACUUAAUUAUAAUAAUUCACAUCCCAGGGAAAUUAUCAGAAUAACUAGGAAACCUGUACAGCAUAUUUAUAAAUGAGAACCUGAAUGUUGUCAGUUUUGGAAGAUUAAAAGGACAGCUUUAAAAACACCAGAAGAAUUACUGUGAAAAUCUUCUUAAUUUUGUAUUGGUGUUUUAUGUCAUCCAUGAUCAUAAGCUUUUAUUUUUUCAUCUGUUGUGCUGCACUAUCACUUAAAUACUCACCACAGUAUAUAUAUACUGUAUAUAUAUACAGGGUCUUGUGAUAGACCCUGUAUAUGUAUAAUGUGUACAUGUGUUCUUGUCCAUCUCCAUUUGUGAAGGCUCAACCAUUAUUUGCCUCGGACCAACAUUUGGCCUCACAGAGGCUGCUGUGUUUCUGGUACAGUACAGUUCUCUUACAAAUCAAGCUAACUAUAUUUUUCACUUGCAUAUUUAAAGUUUUCACCCAAAACUUUUUUGUUUACCGUGUCACUUUCUUCAGCUACAGGAUUUGUGAUUAAUGAUCUUUUGUCUAGAGUGAAGAUGAAAAAAUGUGUUAAGUAAGGAAAAUAUUAGUGUUCAGAACUUAUUUAAGCUUCAAAUCACUGAUCAUAUGUUAGUUGUACUCAGCUGUCGUGUGAGUUUUGGGCCCUCUGGGGAUACUGCCGAGUCCAUCAAUUUGUAUCAAUUUUUUUUUUUUUUUACAUAAUACCCUGAGGCAAUUAAGAUAAUGAUGGAUUCACUGUCGGUCAUAGAAAUGAAGAUCAGUGGCAUUUAUCUUUAUUAAAUGUCCAGGAUACUACAUUGUGCAUUCCUGCCUCAAGUACUUUAUUGCUGCUUCCAAGUAACACAGAUCAGUGAUAUUUGUGUAUCUGUAAAGACUUCAGCUCAUGCUACUACAAUUUGUCUCAUUUGUUUGGUAUUUUUCCAAUAAAUACAUUUUUACCAGUCUUUAGGCUGACAUACAUCCAUAUACUACAAACUGUUUAUAUGUGGGAAGUUGACACAGUUGUAUGUUGAGCAAUAUCUAGCUGAGGGAGGUGGUUAAUACACAGUGGAUAUACACUUCGUGUACUUCUCAUGUCCCUUUUUUUUACACAAGAUUAAACUUGAGUAAGUUUAUAUAUAUAUAUAUAUAUAUAUAUAUAUAUAUAUAUAUAUAUAUAUAUAUAUAUAUAUAUAUAUAUAUAUAUAUAUAUAUAUAUAUAUAUAUAUAUAUAUAUAUAUAUAUAUAUAUUCUAAAUUUUAUAUAUUCAAUGAUAUUUUAUAUAUUGUGUUGUAAAUUAGGAUUUUUGUGUUGAUUGUUUGAUAAAGGAAAAUCAUAAGGGUGAAAAUAUACACAGACCAUUUGUUACAGUCAUUAUGUCACAGAAAAAAGGAAUUAUUAUUUGGGUUUGAUGUGUUUUAUAUUUUACACGUUUACAUAAAUUAUACUGUAUUAAAUUAUUGAAUCAACAUUGUAUGUUUCUAGAUGGGAGAACUUGUGUAAGCAUAACAGUACCUUGAAAAUAAAGUUCCAAAUGUG